UUUUAAUUACUUCACGUAUUGACGCGUUUACCACGAAACGUUUCCAAAGAGUAUUUUCCGUCACUCGCCAGGCAAUAGAGCUUGUGGCAUUUAGUAACGGCGACAUGUACUACCAGAGAGUAGAAAGUCAUGACGUGGAAGUUGGAAAACAAAAUGAAAUAGUUGUCAGCAGUAUUGCUAACCAAGCUCUUGCCAGAAUGGAGAAAUUGAGGGGAAGAAGAAUCAACUGGGAAUCUUAUUACACGACGGGUAUGAUUGAUGAAGAGGAGUACCAUUUUAUUCAAGAAUACUCUACAAGACCUUCAGACGGAAGGAAUUCAAUUAUUAUUAAUCAGCCAUCUCAGUGUGUGAGAACGUUUCUCAACGUUCCUCAAAAGAUCCGCACGGAUGACACAGUGCAGUUUGUGUUGACCUUGCUGUACGAUCUGCUUAUGGAAGACAAAGAAAGAGUGGCAAUAUUCCACAAAUAUGCAGAAGAUAAUGAAGUGCCAGUCUAUCAGUCUUUGCAGAGCCUGUUGGAGCGACCAAGUCCCUUCACGUACAGUGUGGCCAGUCAUACAAUGGCAGUGCUACUGAGCACCAGCUCCAAACCAAUGGCAGAUGAUGAUUUGAAAUAUUAUCUGAACUUUAUCAGAGAACAGCUCAAAAACCCAAAUGCUGAGUAUCUUCACAGCAUCAUUGCUUCUUUGCAACUUCUUCUACGAGUCAAUCAUUACAGAGUUUCUUUUCUCAAUCAUCACUGUGUUGAAGGUCUCAUAAAACUUCUUGGAACUCCUCGUCUCAAUUUCCAACUUCAAUAUCAGCUCAUCUUCUGUAUCUGGCUGCUGGCAUUUAAUCCACAGAUUGCUGGCAUUCUAAACAAGUAUGGUGUCAUCGUGCUACUUGCUGAUAUUCUCAGACAGUCGAUUAAGAUUAAAGUUCAACGAAUUACAGUUGCAGCACUCAGGAAUUUGGCUGAGAAGCCGGAGAAUCCAACCGAGAACUGUCAAGUCAUGAUUCAGCAGAGAGUUCCUCAGAUGUUACGUGUCCUGGUUGGAAAAAACUGGGAGGAUGAAGAAAUAGAGGGAGACAUAGAAUUCCUACAGGAGACUCUCACCAACAGUUUGCAAGACCUCAGUUCGUUUGAUGAGUAUGUGACUGAGAUCAGAUCUGGUCGUCUUGAGUGGUCUCCAGCCCAUAAAUCAGACAAGUUUUGGCGAGAGAAUGUUAUGAAGUUCAAUGAACGCAGUCAUGAGCUCCUUAAGCAGCUUGCUCAGCUGCUGGAGGCUCGCGAUGCUCCUACCUUAGCAAUUACAGUUCAUGAUUUUGGUCAAUAUGUUCGUUUCUAUCCAAGAGGAAAAGAUUACAUUGAAAGCGAAGGAGUGAAACAGCGUAUCAUGCACUUGUUGCAACAUGAGGACUCAAGUGUGAAGUAUGAAGCAUUAGUUGCUGUGCAGAAAAUGAUGGUUCAAAACUGGGAAUAUCUUGGCAAGCAACUCCAAGCUGCAUAGACAAAAAGGACAUCACUUUUUGUUAUUUGUUUGUUUUGUAGUCAUGUUGCUCAAACCAUACUGGUCACUAGUACAAUUCCCUAUGAACAACAAUCUAGUAACAAAUAUCUUAACACAUAUUCAUUGCUACAUAGAAUGGUACGUAGGUGGAUAUCCAGGAUUCAUAUGUGCCAUGCCA